CAUCAGCGGAUUGGCUGCCGGAUGCUGUCAAUCAUUAGCGCCGACGGAUUGGAUUGACGCGAGGAGGCGACGGUUAGGCCCCGGGUUCUGCCUGUCAGAGCGCGCGGCAAAGAGUUGGGGUAACGGCUGCCGGACACUCCCCUCUCGUCAUCGGUUUUACCUCAGCAUGAGCUGAUAUUCGGUCAGAAAAAAAUACAAUGAUGGAGAUUGAGGUUCAGACUGAUCUCCUUCAAGAAGCCAAGGAGAGUAUCGAAGCAGCAAAGAGCUAUAAGGAUGAGCUGGAACAACGGUUACAAGGACUAAAUCAAGCAAGAAAACAGAUCACUGAAAGUGCAGUGCAGACACGUGAUGUUUUGAAGAAUCACUUUAAUGACUUGAAGGCCAGGUUGACCAAGCUGCUGGAUGAACGGUUAGUGAUGUUGCUCCAAGAAGUGGAUAAAAUUGAGCAGGAGAGCAUCAAGCCCCUUGACGACUGUCAGAAGUUAAUCGAGCAUGGUGUGAACACAGCAGAUGAGCUACUUCGAGAAGGAGAGGUUGCUGUGUGCUGUGGAACAGCACAAGAGGAGAAACUUGGAAACUUCACUAAAAAAGCUUUGCAAAUCCAACUUGACAGUUUGCCAGAAGUCCCUUCAUUGGUGGAAGUACCAUGUUUAUCAGCUCAGUUAGAUGAAAGCUUGUUCAGUUUUGUCAAGGACCGAAUCUUUAGCCAUGGAGCAAUCGCAUCUCGCCCUCCUGUUCAGAUAGACGAACUGACUGAAAGGCCUGGAGGGAUUCUUGUGCGAUGGUGCAAGGUUGAUGACGACUUUGUGGCACAAGAGUAUCGACUGCAGUUCUGUAAAAAUUCUACCUGUCAAUUUGAUGAUGUCUACAUUGGACCUGAUACUGAAUUUGUAGUUUUGCACAUUGACCCCAAUGUUGACUACAUGUUCCGUGUUUGUGCACGGGGAGAGGGGCGCAUGGAGUGGAGUCCUUGGAGUAUUCCGCAGAGUGGGUAUACCACUCUGACUGCACAUGAGUGGAUCACCGGUUGCGAAGGGUUUAGUCUCAGCAGUCGUAGGGACAUGGCACUUCGGAAUGAUUCUCCUUCAUCUGGUGUGUUGUAUUCCAAGGAGCCCACUUAUACUAGUGGACAGACUCUGACAUUUCGAAUGGAGGCGACAGGACUCCCAGAUAAGAGAGACAGUAUUGGUGUGUGUGUUGAGCCACAGAAUGAGUGUGAUUCCUUACAAAGAGACAAGGCCGUUUGCAUCAGCUCAAAUGGGGCUGUAUUUGUAAAUGGCAAAGAAAUGACAAAUCAGCUGCCCUGUGUUUCUACCGGGUCAUCAGUGACCUUUGACAUGGAAGUUGUGAACUUGGGUUCCAGUUUCAGUGAUGGUGCCAGCUUCAAGCUUAGAAUGAUCAUAAGUUCUGGCAAUCGAGAAGUCGUGUUUGACUGGCUGCUUGAUCAACCCUGUGAAGCCUUGUAUUUUGGAUGUUCCUUUGUGUAUCCAGGUUGGAAAGUACUGGUAUUUUAGACUCCAGUGAAUCCUCAUUUCCAACUAUGGGAGGAUCAUCCUUUACUUGAAGCUUCAGCUAUUGGAAAAGCCCUGAGCUUUAAGUAAUUAUUUAAACAAGAUUUGAAAAGGUUACAGAAGGUGAUUGUUUAAAAAACAAGUGAAACAUAACUGAACUUCAGUAUUAAAGAUGGAGAGUCCUGACAAUCCUGCCAAAUCUUUUGCAAAAUCAGACUAAAAGUAAUGCACGAAGCACCUGUGUUCUUGACAAGAUGAAUUUUGAUGACCUGCCUGUCAUUGGCAAUUUGAGAGGUGACAAAUACUUGUCCUAAUGAGCCACUUUUCUACGUUACCAAGGUUCUGUAUCUUCAUUUUAAAACUAGUGGAGCAAUGGUAAUGUGAGAUGAGUAUCAAGUUACAAUUUAUUCCAUACAGCUCUACUAAAAGCCGAUCAUUACUACAGAAAAUCCACAUGCCCCUUCACUUUAUAUUCUUCAAUUGCAUCCUUCAUGGACUUCCGCAGUGUCCCCUUAAAUGUUGCUCUGCUGUUCACAGCAUGUUAAAGUGGAUCUAUAUACUUAAGCCUAAUUUUACAUUUAAAUAUUGAAUAGAGCUUGAGCAAUUUCCUCAACUGUCACAGGAUAAGUAAUGAGUACAGUUUAACUUGAAAGACAUUUAGAGCCUCCAUUUCUUUUUUAAAAAAAAGACUUCUGCCUGGUCUAGAUAAAGUUAUCAAUUUUUAGCCUUGGUAUUUCAGAUCAAGAUGUUAAUCAUGUACAGCCAGUAAUCAUUCCUGUCACUGACAUUAAAAUAAAUGUAUACAAUUUAUUUUUGCUUAAAGCAUUCAGAUCAUGAUCAUAAUAAUAUAGAGGAGAGCCAUCCUGACUAUGAAAUUGCUGCUUGCAUGUUUUAAUAUCAGGAGCAAAGGAAACAAACAUUCCAGUAAAAUGAGAGAGAAUUGUAUCAUGUAUGUAUGUUUGUUCCAAUUUUAAAGCCACAGAUUUUAUCCAACUUGAUUUCCGUUCAAAUAAACAACAAACUACCUAAAGAAUUGACAUUUUCCUGCCCCAUUACUGUCAUCAACUGGUGGGAGGUAAUCAUUGUUUCCAAUAUAUGUGAACAUGGGUAAUGGUGCAGAAUUGUCUGGAAGUUUGUGUCAUGAUGUGUAUAUUUUUGCAUUUGUCAUUCACUGCAAACAAUUAAGUUUUAAAACUUGAAUUACUUAAAGUGCCUUUUAUCAAUACAAGCAUGAUUUUUUCCAUAGAACAAUCAUUGUUUAAAAGUGCCUAUAUACAGUCCUUUAUAUUUUAAGAUUAAUAUUGACAAAUUCACAGUAUAAUGAAUUAAACCAUCAUUCUGCUUUAAAUACAAACUUUAACAGGUAUUGGUUUGAAUUGCUCUGGUUAAGUUUGGUCCGACAUGGUGCUAAACCGCUAGUCUUAAAGAUGUUAUGUUUGAGCUGGGCCAAUUCUUAGUGAGUUGGUGUAGAUCAACAUCCCAAUUUAAAUCUAGUCUAUAGCAGCUGAGAAGCAACCACUUGCCUUCUAAUCCAUCUUGGAUGGAGAUGGGGAUUAGAAAAUCCCCAACUCCAGUAAGAUUAUGGGAUAAAAACAAUGCUAUUACUCAAGGGAAGAAUGUGUUCACUGCAAUGCUGUACCAGUCAAUUGAUCCAUUCACUAUAAUCUUUAAGUGUUUUGUUCACUGAAAAGAAAUCUCUAGUUUGAUUGGGUCUCAUUUUAUUUUACCUCCACUUUUUAAAAAUGGAACAUACCAGGUAUUAUGCAACUUUCCAGUUGUGAAAUUUGCUUGUCUUUAAUCUUCAAUGUAAUAAAAGUAUUUCUAAUAAAA